AGUUCCGUCUAGCUUGCCAGCGACAGUUUAUUUUAGUAGUGGGUGCACAAAUAACGAUCCGUGUUAUUUUCGCAAUGCACACGGACCUUUCCCCGCACCUCCACACCGAGAAGUGCAACAUAAUGAUAAAUUUGUUGAUGGAAUGUCGUCGGGAACAUCCCUUCCGAAAGUUCGUUGGAUUCUGCAACUCCUUUUACCACCAGAUGACGAAGUGUCUUAAGGAGGAGAGAUUAGCCAGAAGGGCAAGGAAUUACGAGAAAUCUUUGGAGAUGAAGAAAAAGUUUAGAAAGCCCAAAAAAGAAGAUACAGAGUAUGUUCGCUAACAGGAUGUUUAUCAGAUUAAUGGUUGUAUUUUAAUGUUUAAAUAACAAACUUAACGACAGUGUGCAAAUGUAUCUAAAUAAAUUACGUUUAAAUUAAAUAUUUUUAUAGUUUCCUUCA